CAAACAUACCACAAAGGGAACGCAGCUUUCCACGCACACUCGGCUGUUGUUCACCGUUGCGAUGCGUAAAUACUCCAAAGAAAACUCCUCUUUUCUCCAGACAGAGACACGAAGCAACCAGAUGACAGUGGAUAGACCGUUUUUUUCUACUGUGAUGGUUGAAAGUAAUCGAUCUCAGACAGAUUCGACUUUACAUGCCUGAGAGGACUGUAAUCGGCCGCCUUCCUUGCAAGACACAUCGGCACAUAACUGCUUUGAGAGUAAAAUUAGGGAGAAGAUGUGGAUAUUUAACAGUGCCAACAAUUCAAAGUAUCUAUUUUCUAAACGGAAUCGGCGGUGUUUGUAUUACGCAGCAGUGGUGUGUUUGUUGUUCUUUCCUGUCAGGACGGAUGAUGCUUGCCCGUCUUCCUGCAUCUGUGCCAGAGAGUCUGGCAAGGUGUCCUGUCGUGAUGGGGACGACACUGGAGUACCGGGAAACAUACCGGAGUGGACGUCCACCAUGAUACUCAGCGGGAGAAACAUCUCAACUUUACAGCGCGGUGCGUUCAUGACCAACGGCACGGAGUUGGAAAUGAUGAUACUCUCGCUGUCCUAUAACGGGAUACAGACUAUUGAAGCUUACGCCUUCCUGGGGCUCCCCCGAUUGCAUCAGUUGGAUUUGAGUCACAAUCAACUGGAGUCUAUCUCAGACCGGGCUUUCCACGGAUUACCAGAGCUGCGCUCUCUUUACCUAAAUUGCUCCAUUUUUCCUCAGGCUACAGCGCAGCUCGCAAAUGCGCUCAGCACACAAAGUUUGCGCAACCUCCACAGACUAGAGUUGGCAGGAAACAGACUGAAAUCUAUACCCCUGACGAGAUUAGAUAUCUAUAAUCUCCACACGUUAGUACUGACAAAUAACUCAAUAGAGACAAUCGGUAUGGGAAACGUAACCAAUUUAUACAAGCAAAGGCGAUUACGCCUUUACUUGUCUUUAAACCCGUUUCGGUGCAACUGUGAACUGGGUACAUUUUACUACUGGUUGAAAAACUCAUCCCAGUGCCCGGAUGCGGGGCGUCUCCUGUGCAGUGAGCCGGAGGCCAAGAGGGGAGAUCCCGUGGAGAACCUCCAAGUAGAGGAUUGUACGAAGGAGAACCUUGAGGCGGUUUCAUAUGUGCUCCUCGGUAUAGUGUUGGCUCUGAUCGGGGUGGUGUUUUUAAUGGUGCUGUAUCUUAACCGGAGAGGCAUCAAACGGUGGCUCAACAACAUCAGAGAGGCGUGCAGAGACCAGAUGGAGGUCUACCAUUACCGCUACGAGCAGGACUCAGACCCGAGGCUGGCCAACGUAGCUGUUUAAACUACUGAAACAUCAGCCCAUAGCUGCACAGUGAGAAGACAGGUGCGGCAAAGUAUUUUAUCAAGGAGACUGGGAAGAUUCCCUGGCAGCGUCCUGUCACUAUUAAAACCAGUUUCAUCAUAGUCAACAUCUGGCCUAUAAAGUUAGUGGAGCCCCUCUUACCCAGAGAUAUACACAGAGCCAAAGACAGUUAAAUGACUAAAAUACACAAUUAAAUGUUCAUUUUGCACAACAGCAUACUUAAGCUUCUAAACAAUAUUGUACAUAGCCUACAGUAAGUAUUUCCUCAAGAGAGGGAUACUUUUCAGCAUCAUCUUAGGUUAGGUAAUCUGCAUCUGCUUGUCAGACAUAGCAUUAUUUAUCUUAGUAAUCAAGAGAGAAAUAUACAGCCUGAAAUGCUGAAAUGAAACAACAAAUUAAUCCUAUAACUAAAAACGUUGGCCUUUUCAAACUUUUUAAAAGUCUACAUUCAGGAACAACUAUUUCUGCAUAUACUCUACUGAAGGGUGACCACUGCAAAAGAAUGAGAGGAAAGUGAAAGAAAGGCAAGAUAGUGCAAGUUAGCAAGGAAGCUGACAUGUUCAUUGGAGUGCCAUGUUUGUGCAAGCAGGUGAUGCUGGAGUCAUAUUUCAUUAUAAACCACAUGGGAUACGUUUCCAAUUUAUAUUUAUGAACAGUCUCUAAAAAUAACAUGUAUCAUUUGACAUCAGGUUAGUUUAUCAGCAAAGGGGCAAAAGAGGACAGAAAAAAAUCUAACGAUGCAUGUGAUUGUUGUAAGCACAGAAAACCAACUAACACAUAAAU